CUUGCAACUCGACGCGCACGCGCAGCAUCACGCGCUUCCAGUAGGAAUGCACUCGAGAGAAGGAAUAUAAAUGCAAUGAUGGCGACAGCUGCAGAGGAGAUCUCAGAAAACACUGAGACACCAGUGUCUUUCAAAAGCGCAAGGAAAAACCAGGAUAGACCCUGGAAACUGAGCUUUGUUUAUCUGCAGUGCUAUUUUUUAACAAUUGCUACAAUACUGGGGACCGGGAUCCUGGGACUGCCUGUAACUAUUGCUCGGGCAGGUCUGGUGCCUUUCUUGAUAUCCUUCCUUGUAGGCUUUCUAGUGCAGGCUCUGCUCAUUUACCUGUUUGUAGAUUUGCUUCAACGAUGCCGUUUAGCCCAACUUGAGGCACUGAAGACUGCAGAAACAGAGAGGAUCUUAAUGGAAGAAGUCGGUUCUGCAGGACCUCCGACACAUAAUGCAGAAGAGGAAGAAGAUGGGGAGGAAGUGGAAGAGGCAGAUACGGGUCUUCUGCAAAGGGACAUCACAGCACGGAGGCAAGAUGAGGACCUUCAGCCAAAUCUGCACGUGCUGGGAGUUCUCUUCCUGGGCAAACACACCAGCCGUGCAUUCAACUUUGUUCUGCUCUUUCAAUUUGUGUCUAUCGGGAUCAGUUACGUUCUGGCGGGAAGUGAGGCCUACGCUGCACUUUUUCAUACCAGUCAUGUCUAUGUGAUCCCUGCAUUUACAUGGACGCUCUCAUUGGGGAUUCUUCUGGCCCAGAUCAUCAUUCAGCCCAUCACGUCACUGCUGACGCUCCUCAAAGGAAUCCUGCUGGUUAUUACUGUGGCCGUGACAUUUGUUGUGGGUUCAGAGGUUCACCAAGAGACCACGAAUGACUUCACCCAAAUCGGGAAGCCUUUUCUAAUGGGAACAGUCGCUCUCGGUGGGAUUGUCAACGUCAUGCCUUUUUUAUUUUCAGAAAUCUCCCAUGUUAAGACACAGGUUUUAUGGUUCAGAAGAGCUGUACUUGGGGGACUUGCUACAUGCACACUCUUAAAUAUAUUAUGGUGUUGGGCAGUUUUAGAGAUUGUUCCCCAGAUGGCCGUGGAGUCACUGCUGGAGGAGAAACUCUUAAAUAGCAGCGCAGGACAAACAGAGACGACUCAUACAGCACGCACAUUUAUCUACUCCAACAUCUCCCUAGAGGAGUCUGAAAAGGCAGGGGAGAUAGCGACGAUACCUCUAACCAAGAUCAUAACACAGAAGUACAGUCGGUUCUCAUGGGUGGCAGAGCUGAUCCAGAUCUUCGUCACCAUCAGUAUAACCGUGAGCUUCCUUGUGAUGGGGACAGCCAUGAAGCACACCAUCGAUGGGCUCGCCGGCUCACACUGGACGGAGAACGCUGAAUGGAUGUCGAGAAUCAGCGCGAGGCUUUUGCCCCAUAGCUUACAGUGGAGGACUUCAGGCCAGAGCUUACAGCACUACAGACGGUUCUUCAGCAGUUUCAUGUCCUUUUUGGCUUUCGGCCUCAUUUUUGUCGUUUCAGCUUGUGAUCCGAAGGGAUUUGUUGUGAUGCUUGACAAAGUGGUCUCCUUCUCCUUGAACACGGAGGUGGGCUUGUUCAUCUUCCUCAUGCUGAGAUCCUCCAGAUGCGAGCGUUUCAAGCAUCUGACGGUGCCUCUGCCGGCGAGCGAGAGACUCUUCAGGCUCCACUGGCUGCUGCCCAUCUACUUCAUGUUCGCCGUAGCUUACGACGUCUUCCAGAGCAUCCUAGAGAUCACUGAGACCGUGGCGCUCAUCCUCCGCACUAAUUCUUCUCUUGGAUGAGAGCGACUAGAUAUCAGGUGCGAGUCACUGGAAAGGGAGGCGACGUGCUGCUUCAAACCAGGACUUAAAAGAGGGCAACAAGAAUGGGAGGUAACAUGAGGACAAGAUCUAAACUGCCUGGAUUCCUGGAGGACCAUGGGGAUUGCAUAAUGUUUUUGUCCUCCUCCGGCACUUUGAGAACUCUAAGCAUGUCAUUCAGAAAAACAACAAUGUGACUUGUUUUUACAGAAAAAGGAAGCAUUUUGAAAGAAAAUAAAAAAAUUUACCAGGGUUAACAAAAAAAAAAAAAAAACAGCUCCUUUCUAGAAAAAAAAAAGAAUGUGAGAAUAAUUAUCAUUUUUAUCAAUUAUCAUAAUUGUGAUGCUAAUUAGCAUACCUGCAUGUACGCACUCAGCAUUACUCGGUCCUUUGUUAUGGAUUAAUUAAUCAACAAGUCAACAGCACGUUGUUUUUGAAUCUAUGUGAAAAAUGUUUUACCAUCCUGUAACUGAAUGAGCCUGGAGCCGAUUUGAUGUGCUGCAGCACAGGCACAGACGUGCGGAGUGUGUUUAAUGAACUUAUUUGCCUCUGUUAACGAGUGACACUAAAUGUGGCCUGAUUGCCAGCAGCUACAGAGCUAAACUAUGAGUAAAGCAGCUGAAGCUGACCCUACAGCCUACACAUUCUUUCUGUAGUAUGAAUCACUAAAUUCAACACCAUGUUGGACUAAAGGUGAGGCAUUGAAGUGUAUGUCAAAGGACAAAUACUUUAUGAGCUAAGUAAAAAGCAUUAUGCAUUGCAGCACCUCAAGGCUUCAAUCUCACAAAACCUGUCCAGAAUAUACAUUAUAUAUAUAUAUAUAUACACACACAUACACACACCUGUUAUAACCCCCCUGGUGAAAAAGUUGAAAAGAACAGCACUUGUUAGAAUUGGAAAUCUUUUUUGUAAUAUUAUAAAUGUAUUUACUGUCAUUUUUGAUCAAUUUAAUGGAUCCUUGCCAAAAAAAAAGAAAAAAAAGUGUGUAUCAGUAAUACAUUGUAGAAAUUAUUUUUCCCUCUUUUGACAUUGGACUUUUGAGUGCGUGUCUGUGUGUGUGAGAUUCACACGGUUAUUGUCAGAAUUGCAAUAAUGUAACCUCAAAUGUGUUGCUUUAUCUGGCAUACCUAGAGUAUCCAGAAUGUGAUAAAAAGCAGUAGAUAAUAAAUUAUAACCGACCAGGCAAAGAAAUGACCAUAAUCAAUGCUGGAGCUCAGAGAAAGCCAAUAAUCAAUAGCAGAUUGGUUUAUCCACUCCCGGUCAGUUACGAGAGUUAUUCAUCUCCAUAUGAACUGAGUGCACUGACAGCGUUUCCAGGAACUCACUAUAACACAACUCAGACAGCAGAAAUGACUAAUGAGUAACAUAUUCAAGGUCUGUGGAGACCUGGUUAACAAGGGAUGCAUCUUAUCUACAGCGAUAAAGGAUCUACAGAGGUAUCUACCCUUCGACCCAAUUCUGCUGCUGGUGCGGUUUUUUUUUUUUUACACAUGUAGACCCUUAGGAUGGGGUGUUUCUGGAACAUGUGGAACAAGCACUGCCUAAAGGUCUGCUGGAACAUGAUCUCGCUGGAGCUGUUCAGAAGGGUUACAUCAUAUCACCACCUGCCAAAAUCACUUACUUUAGCUAGAGUGCCAGUACACACAGACUCAUUCAUUGUUCUUAUUUGAGUGCAUUAGCGUUAGCGAUUACAUUAAGAAGUUUUUGUCUGCUCUCAAAACGUAACAGUUACUGAUAAAGGCAACUCGGGAUAAAGCUGUCACCUUUGGCCUAUUAUAAAAAGCAGAUUGUUGAAUUUAUAAAAUCACAUCCUAGGCACAAUCUAAGUUUGUGAUCUGAUGACAGUCUUGCGCAUACAAUAAUGGUUGUCUUCACAUUAACACUACUACAAUGCUGUAAUUAUCAGUGGGAAGCUCUGCUUUCUGGGUUUGGGGUGUAUCGUUAAUGAAUCAUGACUGAAGCUAAUUGGGAAUGGUUAUAAUUAUGUUUUUGUAGGGAACGCUGACUUCAAAACAACAUUUUUACAAAAUAAAUGAGUAGCAGUAGGCCUUUUAAUUUGAUUGGCUAAGUCUGUAUCACUCCGUAUUGCUCUGAGACACACUAUGAUUUAUCCUGCUUCGGAUUGUUCUGGAACUAUUUUUGAUGAAGGCAAAAAUAUAACUGCUAAUAUUGCUCAAAGUAAGCAAAUAAUAUGAAAUUGCCAAAUACAUGCUUAUUACUCUACUCUAGAACAUUUGAAUGCCAUUAUGAUUCUAGGUAGGAAGUCUGAAGGUAGUAUAUGAUCACAUUACACACUAUAAAAAUGCUGUGCUGUUCAGGAUGUUAUGACCCCUUGACCUUUGGAAGUUAAUUACUCUGUGUAUUAUUCAAGAUAGUUCUGAUUUAGGGCAAACACCUAAACACUUUGAUGAAUAGUUCAUCAUUCUCUUUCCACUUUAUAUUAGGUUGCUUAAUCACCAUGUAUACCAUUUAAAUUAAUAAUUUGAUACAAUGCACUUAUUGUGUACAUACAUGUUUUUACAUUGUAGCUAUACUUUUAUAAUAAAACUAAAUAUAAAUAAAUAAUAAAAUAUCUGCAUGUAAUUACAUCUGUAAUUAAUUUCUGCAAUUACAUUUAUAAUUAUACUGUUGACCCAUCCCUUACACU